AUGCGCACAGACUACAUUAAAAACUUCUCAAGGCAUUACGGUUGGAGAAGCCAUAUAUUGCAGGAUAUGGAGGAAUGGAGACAAUAUUUACAACCCCACAGUGAUCCUCAAUCCAAGGGCUACACUAGCCAGGGAUGGGUGGGCAUGGCCUUUAAUUAUACAGUUUUACUUUUGCAUCGACCAACAAAGGAAAAUGUUGGAGGAAUAGUCAGCGAGAAGUGUCUACAAGCCUGUGCGGACAUUAUAACCGUUUUCCGAAAAUACCAGAAGGAUCGUGAAACAGCCCAGCUUUGGCCUGGAAGCUUAACUGACAACACGCAGCUCCUGAGUCAAUUUGGCAUUGGCAUUACACUUUUAUAUUGCUUUUGGGCAACGCCGCCGUCCAGCCGCAGUGAUCUUUAUCGAUCUCCAAAGACAAUCACAGCUAUACGGACAUGUUCUGUUAUCCUUGCGGUUUUUUCCGAGCAAUGGGUUGAAGCCGAGCCAUUGCGUGAUCUAUUUGACGUACUCUCUGAAUCGAUUCUCUAUCACGCAGUAUCCACCAAAGACAAUGAAGCAAACAGAAUAGCUGUAGGUGCGGAUGCGGAUGCAGACUCUAUCAAAUCUAGGAUACCUCACAUUCGGUCAUUGGUUGUGAAUACGGAUAUUUGCAGGAUGGUCACAGAGAUGGUGACCGAGGACUUUCCAUGGCAAGAUCCGCGCAAUAAUGACUCCCCAGCGUGGGCAUCAGAGAUUCAUUCUUCGGAAAGCUGCUUCCUUUGUGAAAACGAAAGGCAAGAAGAAGGGAGUACUUCCCCAGUCUGGGUUGAUGGUUUCGAGCCUUCCAGCGCUAAUCUCAAUACUCAUUACGAUGACGAUUUGUUUGCCUUUCCUGGUUUAUUUGGCUCUGUCGAAUUUUAA